GAACCCGGAAGAGAAAAUAAUCCGACAGUGGCGCUUGUUGUUGGCUCGUGUUAGCGGUGCCAUUAUAACGUAAAGAAAACGCUCUUUCUUAAACACAAAUUCGGUCAACAUAGAGAUAAACCUCAAUAGUUAAAGCUAACAGACGAAGUCGCAGCUAUGGCGGAUGUUACUGCUCGUAGCUUGCAGUACGAGUAUAAAGCGAACUCAAACUUGGUGCUGCAAGCGGAUCGGUCUCUGAUCGACCGAACACGAAGAGAUGAGCCUACCGGAGAGGUACUGUCCCUUGUGGGGAAGCUGGAGGGGACCAAAAUGGGCGAUAAAGCGCAAAGGACCAAGCCUCAAAAGUUAGAGGAAAGACGAGACAAGCGACGAAAGAGAGAUGAAGACCGCCAUGACAUCAAUAAAAUGAAAGGGUUUACCUUGCUUUCUGAAGGUAUUGAUGAUAUGGUGGGCAUUGUGUACAAGCCUAAAACCAAAGAAACACGAGAGACUUAUGAAGUGUUGCUCAGCUUUAUACAUGCCGCCCUUGGAGAUCAGCCAAGAGACAUCCUGUGUGGAGCUGCAGAUGAAGUCCUGGCUGUGCUGAAGAAUGAUAAAAUGAGGGAUAAGGAAAGGCGUCGUGAGGUAGAGCAGCUUCUUGGCCCUGCUGAUGACACUCGUUAUCAUGUGCUGGUCAAUUUGGGGAAAAAAAUCACAGAUUAUGGAGGUGAUAAGGACCUACAAAAUAUGGAUGAAAACAUUGAUGAAACAUAUGGAGUCAAUGUCCAGUUUGAAUCUGAUGAAGAGGAGGGUGAUGAAGACCAGUUUGGUGAGGUACGAGACGAGCAUUCAGAUGAAGACAGCGAAGGAGAAGAAGCAGAUGUCAGCUCUACUCUUACAGCCAAUCUUGGUGUCACAGGUGAUGUGAUGACUGUGAAGAAAAAGGAUCUACAUCCAAGAGACAUUGAUGCUUUCUGGCUACAGCGUCAGCUCAGUCGCUUUUAUGAUGAUGCUAUUGUUUCACAAAAGAAAGCUGAUGAAGUCUUGGAAAUUCUCAAGACUGCCAGUGAUGAUAGAGAAUGUGAGAAUCAGCUUGUGCUGCUGCUUGGUUUUAACACUUUUGACUUCAUUAAAGUUCUCCGCCAACAUCGUCGCAUGAUUCAAUACUGUACAAUGCUGGCAAGUGCACAGAGUGAGUCAGAAAAAGAGCGCAUCAUUGGAAAGAUGGAAUCAGAUCAGGAGUUGUCAAAAAUUCUUUAUCAGCUGCAGGAGACUGAGAAGGAGGAUAUCAUUCGGGAGGAGCGAUCUCGCAGAGAAAGGGUUAGAAAGUCUCGUGUUGAUGACUUGGAAGCAAUGGACGUUGACCAUGGAGAGUCAGUUGCCCCUCGACAGUUGCUAGACUUGGAUGAUCUGGCGUUCACUCAAGGAAGCCACUUUAUGGCAAACAAACGCUGUCAACUUCCAGAUGGUUCAUUUCGCAAACAGCGCAAAGGCUAUGAGGAAGUCCAUGUGCCGGCUCUCAAACCCAAACCUUUUGCUGAUGAUGAGGUUCUGGUUGCAAUUGAAAAAUUGCCCAAGUACGCUCAGGCUGGGUUUGAGGGAUUCAAAAACCUUAACCGCAUCCAGAGUAAGUUGUUCAAGACCACCAUGGACAGCGAUGAGAACCUUUUAGUGUGUGCUCCUACGGGUGCUGGAAAGACUAAUGUUGCUCUGAUGGCUAUGUUGAGAGAAAUUGGAAAACACAUCAACGUUGACGGGACCAUCAAUGUAGAUGAUUUCAAAAUCAUUUACAUUGCGCCUAUGCGCUCUUUGGUACAAGAAAUGGUGGGAAGUUUCGGCAAGCGCUUGGCAAGUUAUGGUAUCACAGUAUCUGAGCUGACUGGAGACCACCAGUUGUGUAAAGAGGAGAUCAAUGCCACUCAGAUUAUUGUGUGUACCCCUGAAAAAUGGGACAUUAUAACAAGAAAAGGUGGAGAGCGUACCUACACUCAGCUAGUGCGCCUUAUUAUUAUUGAUGAAAUCCACCUGCUGCAUGACGACAGAGGACCUGUUUUGGAGUCUCUUAUCGCCAGAACCAUUCGUAAUGUUGAGUUGACGCAAGAGGAUGUGCGUCUGAUUGGACUCAGUGCCACCUUGCCUAACUAUGAGGAUGUUGCUACAUGUCUGCGUGUAGAUCCAGCUAAAGGGCUCUUCUAUUUUGACAACAGUUUCCGCCCCGUGCCGCUGGAGCAGACCUAUGUUGGAAUCACAGAGAAAAAAGCUAUUAAGCGUUUCCAGAUCAUGAAUGAGAUUGUGUAUGAAAAAAUUAUGGAGCACGCUGGAAAGAAUCAGGUGUUGGUCUUUGUACACUCAAGAAAGGAGACUGGAAAAACAGCCAGAGCAAUAAGAGACAUGUGUUUAGAGAAAGAUACACUGGGCCUAUUCCUUAGAGAGGGCUCAGCGUCUACAGAGGUCUUGAGAACUGAGGCUGAACAGUGCAAAAACCUGGAGCUCAAGGAUUUGCUGCCUUAUGGCUUUGCAAUCCACCACGCUGGUAUGACUAGAGUGGACCGUACUUUGGUGGAGGAUCUGUUUGCUGAUCGCCACAUCCAGGUGCUGGUGUCAACAGCGACUCUGGCUUGGGGUGUCAAUCUACCUGCCCACACUGUCAUUAUCAAAGGCACGCAGGUGUACAGCCCUGAGAAAGGCAGGUGGACAGAGCUCGGAGCACUCGACAUUUUACAGAUGCUUGGUCGAGCUGGUCGUCCGCAGUAUGACACUAAGGGCGAGGGAAUUUUGAUCACAUCCCAUGGAGAACUGCAGUACUAUCUCUCUCUCCUGAACCAGCAGCUGCCCAUUGAGAGUCAGAUGGUGGCAAAGCUGCCUGAUAUGCUGAAUGCUGAAAUAGUACUUGGCAAUGUACAAAAUGUCAAGGAUGCGGUAAACUGGCUUGGCUACACAUACCUAUAUGUACGAAUGCUCCGCAACCCUUCUCUGUACGGAGUCUCCCAUGACGACAAGAGCACUGAUCCACUUCUUGAGCGCCGCAGGAUGGACCUUAUACACACUGCAGCGAAUGUCUUGGACAAAAACAAUCUCAUUAAAUAUGAUAAGAGAACUGGCUCAUUCCAGGUUACAGAUCUUGGGCGCAUCGCUAGUCACUUCUACAUCACACAUGACUCCAUUCAGACAUACAACCAGCUGCUAAAGCCUACUUUGAGUGAGAUUGAACUCUUCCGUGUUUUUUCCCUUUCAUCAGAGUUCAGAAACAUCACAGUCAGAGAGGAAGAGAAACUGGAACUCCAGAAGUUACUGGAACGUGUCCCAAUCCCAGUAAAGGAAAGUAUUGAAGAGCCAAGUGCAAAGAUUAAUGUGCUACUCCAGGCUUACAUCUCUCAGCUCAAACUGGAGGGUUUCGCUCUUAUGGCCGAUAUGGUCUAUGUUACACAGAGUGCUGGCAGACUUAUGCGUGCUAUAUUUGAGAUUGUACUCAACAGAGGGUGGGCACAACUCAGCGACAAGACGAUGAACCUUUGCAAGAUGAUUGACAAAAGAAUGUGGCAGUCAAUGUCUCCUUUGAGACAGUUCAAAAAACUUCCAGAGGAAGUGAUCAAAAAGAUUGAAAAGAAAAACUUCCCCUUUGAGCGUCUGUAUGAUCUGAACCACAAUGAAAUUGGGGAGCUCAUCCGAAUGCCCAAAAUGGGAAAGACUAUUCACAAGUUUGUACACCAGUUUCCUAAGCUGGACUUGGCUGUUCAUUUGCAACCCAUCACUCGCUCCACACUAAAGGUGGAGCUCACCAUUACUCCUGACUUUCAGUGGGAUGACAAGAUUCAUGGAUCAUCUGAGGCGUUCUGGAUCUUGGUAGAGGAUGUGGACAGUGAAGUCAUCCUGCAUCAUGAAUACUUCCUUCUUAAAUCCAAAUAUGCCCAGGAUGAACACCUGGUGACAUUCUUUGUCCCUGUGUUUGAGCCUCUACCACCACAAUACUUUAUCCGAGUGCUAUCAGACCGCUGGCUCUCUUGUGAGACGCAGCUCCCCGUGUCCUUCCGUCACCUGAUCCUCCCGGAGAAGUACCCUCCGCCCACAGAGUUGCUGGACCUGCAGCCUCUGCCUGUCACUGCUCUCAGGAACUCUGCCUUUGAGGCUCUCUACCAGAACAAGUUUCCCUUCUUCAACCCCAUUCAAACUCAAGUUUUCAAUGCUAUCUACAACAGUGAUGAUAAUGUAUUUGUGGGAGCUCCAACUGGCAGUGGUAAGACUAUAUGUGCUGAAUUUGCCAUUCUGAGAAUGCUCCUGCACAACGCUGAGGGCCGCUGUGUCUACAUCACACCCAUGGAGGCACUUGCUGAACAAGUAUUCAUGGACUGGCAUCAGAAAUUUCAGGAUGUCCUGAAUAAGAAGGUUGUACUCCUUACUGGAGAGACAAGCACAGACCUGAAGCUUCUAGGAAAAGGAGACAUUAUAGUCAGUACUCCAGACAAGUGGGAUAUCCUAUCCCGACGCUGGAAACAGAGGAAGAAUGUCCAAAAUGUCAGCCUUUUCAUUGUGGACGAAACACACCUGAUUGGAGGAGAAAAUGGGCCUGUCUUGGAGGUCAUCUGCUCAAGAAUGAGGUACAUCUCCUCUCAAAUUGAGCGCCCCAUCCGCAUUGUGGCUCUGAGUUCAUCGUUGUCCAAUGCCAAAGAUGUGGCUCACUGGUUGGGCUGCAGCACGACAGCAACUUUUAACUUUCACCCCAACGUCAGACCUGUGCCUCUCGAACUGCACAUUCAGGGCUUUAAUGUGAGUCACACACAGACCCGGCUCUUGUCUAUGGCUAAGCCUGUAUACCACGCCAUCAUGAAGCACUCUCCCUCCAAACCGGCUGUGGUUUUUGUCCCGUCCCGCAGACAGACUCGCCUCACAGCUAUUGACAUCCUCACCUUCUGUGCUGCUGAUGUGGUCCCUCAGAGGUUCCUGCAUUGCAAUGAGAAAGACCUGGCACCAUUCCUGGAAAAAAUCAAUGAUGCUACUCUAAAAGAGACUCUGGCUAAUGGCGUGGGUUACUUGCACGAAGGCCUGUCUGCCACUGAGCGGAAAAUAGUUGAGCAGCUUUUCAACUCCGGGGCUGUACAGGUUGUGGUAUCUUCUCGUUCACUCUGCUGGGGCAUCAACAUCGCUGCUCAUCUGGUCAUUGUCAUGGACACCCAGUAUUACAACGGCAAAAUUAAUUCCUAUGUGGACUAUCCAAUUUAUGACAUCCUCCAAAUGGUGGGCAAAGCAAACAGACCAAUGCUAGAUGAUGAAGGCCGUUGUGUCAUCAUGUGUCAAGGCUCCAAAAAAGAUUUCUUCAAGAAGUUCCUGUAUGAGCCUCUGCCAGUCGAGUCCCACUUAGACCAUUGCCUCCAUGAUCACUUUAAUGCUGAAAUUGUCACAAAGACAGUGGAAAAUAAACAGGAUGCUGUGGACUACCUGACUUGGACAUUCCUCUAUCGCCGUAUGACUCAGAAUCCCAACUACUACAAUCUGCAAGGUAUGUCCCAUCGUCACCUGUCGGACCACCUCUCUGAGCUGGUGGAGAACACACUCCAUGAUCUGGAGCAGUCCAAAUGUAUCAGCAUUGAGGAUGAGAUGGAUGUGGCACCCCUCAAUCUGGGCAUGAUUGCUGCCUAUUAUUACAUCAACUACACCACUAUCGAGCUGUUCAGCAUGUCUCUCAAUGCUAAAACGAAGAUUCGUGGAUUGAUUGAGAUCAUCUCUAAUGCUGCUGAGUACAAGCACAUUCCAAUACGGCAUCAUGAAGACACACUUCUCCGACAGCUGGUUCAGAAAGUUCCUCACAAACUAAAUAACCCCAAGUUCAAUGACCCACAUGUGAAGACCAACCUGCUGCUCCAGGCUCAUCUGUCAAGAAUGCAGCUGAGUGCUGAGCUGCAGUCUGACACUGAGGAGAUCCUGAGCAAGGCUGUUCGUCUCAUCCAGGCUUGUGUAGAUGUGCUAUCCAGUAACGGGUGGCUGAGUCCUGCUCUAGCUGCUAUGGAGCUGGCCCAAAUGGUCACCCAGGCCAUGUGGUCCAAGGACUCAUAUCUCAAACAGCUUCCUUUCUUCACAUCAGAGCACAUCAAACGAUGCACUGACAAGGGAGUGGAAAGUAUCUUUGACAUUAUGGAGAUGGAGGAUGAUGAGCGCACUGCUCUUCUACAGCUGACAGAUGCCCAGAUGGCAGAUGUGGCACGUUUCUGUAACCGUUAUCCCAACAUUGAGCUUUCCUAUGAAGUUGCUGAAAAGGACAACAUCAAGAGUGGCAGUCCUGUUUUGGUUCAAGUUCAGCUCGAGAGAGAGGAGGAGGUGACGGGACCGGUUAUUGCACCUCUCUUCCCUCAGAAACGUGAGGAAGGAUGGUGGGUGGUUAUCGGAGAUCCCAAGUCUAACAGUCUCAUUUCAAUUAAGAGGUUGACACUUCAGCAGAAAGCAAAGGUUAAGUUGGACUUUGUUGCACCAGCCAUGGGUGUUCAUAACUACACACUAUAUUUUAUGAGUGAUGCCUACAUGGGCUGUGACCAGGAGUACAAGUUCAGUGUGGAUGUGAAAGAGGCAGACAGCGAAGGAGAAAGUGACUCAGACUGAACGCAGAUACUCUUCUCAAACAUGCUUAGAUUUGGUUUUAUAUGAAACUAGAUAUUCAUGAAUCUGCUAGGUAUAUUUUCCUUGUCUCUUUUGCAGUAAUUGUGUCAUUCUGUUAAGUUUACCCUUUACCUUAACAGUUUUAGUUUAAGCACAAACGUUUUAUUUGUAUUUGUUUAUUUGAUGAACCAUAUCAGGUUCUCCCAAUGAUCCACUGACUAAAAAACUUUGUCAUUUUAAAUUGUUCUGUCAGUUUGUUGUUUUUUUUUUGUAAUAAAGAGAACCAACAUGAUUGUG